CGUUGGUGCCGUUACAAAAAGCCUCUUCUUCAUGAGCUCAAAGUCGUUUUCUUCACAUUCACAGAUUUUCAGACGCGACAGUGCUUUCAGUCAUGAUGAGGAGCUCUGUGUUGUUUUGCCUGGCUGUCAGCUUUGCCAUGUUUGGAUUUGGCCUCUCCCUGCAGUGCUACUCCUGCCCUGAUGGCCUCUCCAACGACUGUCAAGUCAAACAGCAGUGUAACCAAGGUGAAGACAACUGCAUCAAACUCACCAGUGGUGAAAACACCUACACUCAAUGUAUAAGGUACGCAGACUGUGACUUCAUGACUCUGGCCGUCAGAUAUUCCCUCGCUGAGUUUGAAUUCAGCUGCUGUGGGUCAGAACUCUGCAAUGGCCAAAAAAAAAGUGCGCUUCAGAAAUUUAAGGAUUUCUUUGGUUAAGAAAUAAAAAAAAGAAGAAAAUAAAUACGAACAAAUGUAGACUCUUCCAUGUAGCGUGUAAUUGUGGUACCACUGAUGAACAUUGUUCGCUAAACAAUAAAGUCUCGAUUAAAAAUAUUUUAAAAUCAACUGUCUUUCUAGAGGAAGUGUACCUUUAAGUUCUGAUGCUGAGGUCAGCAAAGCAUCAGUGAAACAUGUUUGACUGAUCUUAUGAGACAUAUAAAUAAACUGAAGGUUCUACUGGUCCA